GAAUUUCGCAAGCAGGCGAGUUUGCGAACUGCGAACGUUCGGGGGUCCGCUGCACCGACGCCGACGUCGAUGUCGUCGGCAGCUUCUCUCGUCGAGCCUCCUGGAGAUGUUCUCCGUCCUGCAGAAGAAGAGCGAGGAGCUCGGCAGCCGCGCCGUCUUCCUGCUCGGCCCGCUCGUCCGAGCUUCCGCUUUCGUUCUGGCCGCGCUGGUGGUCCACGCGGAGAGGAGGAAAGGCAGCCGUUCGUCCGUCGUGCUCUUCGUCUUCUGGACGCUCGUGCUCCUUUGCGCCGUCGUCCCCCUCAAGGCGGUCGGGCAGCAGAUUCGUCAGCAGGGCUUUUCCUCGGACGCCGUCGCUUUCGUGGCCUUUUUCCUGACUUUUCCCCUGCAAGCGGCCCAAGUGGUGCUGAGCGGCUUCUCGGAGCGCCGGCCGCUCGCCGCGCGUCGCGCCGAGAACGCGUGUCCCGAGGAAGACGCCUCCUUCCUGUCCAGGUUUUUCUUCUUCUGGUUCAGCGGGUCUCCCAUUUCAACCUUUCCGUGUUUCGUUUGGGCUCUUCAGCGUUCUUACACAAUUUCUUGGCGAUUCGGGGCUUCCGGCGCCCCCUGCGGGCGGCCGACUUGUGGACGCUGCGGGACCGGGACUCGUCCGAGCGGAUCGCGUCCGAGCUGGAAGCCGCCUGGACGCGAAAGCAAAAGCGGCGGACGACGUCUGCGGCGUUCGAGCGUUUCUCAGAGGAAAAAAACGCAGCUGCUGACCAAGCCCCCCAAAAGGCGGAGCUACGUGGGCUUCCUGCUGCGCGCUCUGGGGCGGAGCUUCGGACCCUACUUCCUGACGGGAACGCUGUGCCUGCUCCUGCACGACGCCGUCAUGUUCGCCGUCCCGCAGGUGCUCAGCCUCCUGCUGGGCUUCAUGCGGGACGAGGACGCGCCCCCGUGGAAAGGCUUCCUGUUCGCCGGCCUGCAGUCGCUGCUCAACCAUCAGUACGUGUACCGAUGCUUCACGCUCGGCAUGAGGCUCAAGAGCGCCGUCGUGGCCCUCGUCUACCGCAAGUGUCUGGUGAUGAGCAGUGCCGCUCGCCGUCAGUGCACGGUGGGAGAGAUCAUCAACCUGAUUUCCGUGGACACCCAGAAGAUGAUGGACUUUGUGGUUUACGUCAACAGCGUGUGGGUGGCGCCCAUCGAGAUUGCGCUGUGCUUCUGCUUCCUGUCUAAUCUGCGGAGCAAGCUGCAGGAAGCGCAGAUGGACUUCAUGGACGGUCGCAUCAAGCUGAUGAACGAGAUCGUGAGCGGAGUGAAGAUCCUCAAGUUCUACUCCUGGGAGGACGCCUUCCUGCGUCGCGUUGGCGUCCUGAGAGACGGCGAACUGGACGCCCUGAAGAAGUCUCAAGUCCUCUACUCGGUCUCGCUGGCCUCCUUCAACUCCUCCUCCUUCCUGAUCGCCUUCGCCGUGUUUGCGGUUUACGUGUCGAUUGACGAGCAGAACGUUCUGGAUGCGCAGAAGAUCUUCGUGUCCGUCGCGCUCAUCAACAUCCUGAAGACUCCUUUGAGUCAGCUUCCUUUUGCCAUGAACACCACAUUGCAGGCUUUUGUUUCACUCAGACGUUUGGGAAACUUCCUGUGCCAAGAUGAGCUGAAGUCGGACAACGUGGAAAAACUUCCCCCUUCCGUCGACGGCGACGGAGUUCUGAUCCAGGACGGACAUUUUGCUUGGUCCCGAGACGGCGCGCCGUGCUUGCAGGGAAUCGACUUGAAGGUGAAGAGCGGCACACUGGUGGCCGUGGUCGGCCGUGUCGGAUCAGGAAAGUCUUCCCUGCUGUCGGCCAUUUUGGGAGAGAUGACGAGGAGGAGCGGCUCGGUCCUGGUCGGGGGUUCCGUCGCAUACGUUCCUCAGCAGGCCUGGAUUCAGAAUGCCACACUGGAGGAGAACAUUUUGUUUGGGCUGGAGAGGAAGGCGAGCUGGUAUCGUCGCGUACUCGAAGCCUGCGCUAUGUGGCCGGAUCUGGAAGUCCUGCCGGCCGGAGACGCCACCGAGAUCGGGGAAAAGGGCUUGAACCUGUCCGGGGGUCAGAAGCAGAGGAUCGGCUUGGCUCGAGCUGUGUACAGGAAGUCUGACGUUUACCUGCUGGACGACCCGCUGUCCGCCGUCGACACCCAUGUUGGCCAACACAUCUUUGACCGAGUCAUUGGACCCAAAGGACUUCUGAAGAACAAGACGCGAGUGCCGGUCACCCGCAGCCUCAGCCUGUUGUCCAGGGUCGACUUGGUGCUGGUGAUGGAGGAGGGUCGUGUCUCCGAGAUGGGAUCGUACUCGCAACUGUUAGACCGCAAAGCGGCUUUUGCCAAAUGGAUUCAUAACUUUAGUGGAAACCAGCCCGGCGAAAGCUCCGCCUCCAAACGUGUCAGCAGGAAAUCGUUGUCCCGCCUGACUUUCACGGACUUCUCUAUUGAUCUUUCUCAGGAGCAGCUCAUCAGCUGCGACACGAGUGGCGCGAGCAUUCAGGUCGUGGGGCUCCAUGAAGACUCGCCUACGGAGUUUUCUGGCAGACUCUCUCAGCCCGACAAGGCUCACGUCGGGAGAGUAAAGCUGCAAGUGUACGGCGAAUACUUCCGAACCGUGGGCCUGACCUUCAUCGUGACCAUCGUCUUCCUGUGCGCCUUCCAGCAGGCCGCCUCGUUAGCGUACAGCUACUGGCUCAGCCUCUGGGCCGACGACCGUCCCGUCAACGGCACCCGGAUGGACCGUGUGCUCAGACUCGGCGUGUUCGGAGCUCUGGGCUUGACUCAAGGUCUGGCCAUGUUCGGAACCACUCUGGCCGUGGCUCUGGGCGGGAUCGUAGCCUCGCGCCACCUUCACGCCGAUCUGCUCUGCGACGUCCUGCGCUCGCCAAUGUCGUUUUUCGAGGCCACGCCCAGCGGAAACCUCCUGAACCGCUUCUCCAAGGAGAUCGACGCCAUUGAUUGCAUGAUACCCGAAGGCCUCAAGAUGAUGCUGGGCUACCUGUUCAAGCUCCUGGAAGUGUGCAUCAUCGUUUUGGUGGUGGUGCUGCUCCCGCUCGCCUGCCUCUACAUCUUCUUACAGAGCUUCUACGUGGCGGCGUCGUGUCAACUCCGGCGGCUGGAGGCGGUCAGUCGCUCGGCCCUCUACGGUCACUUCAACGAGACGGUGCAGGGCGUCUGCGUCAUCCGGGCCUUCGGCGAGCAGAAACGUUUUGUACGGCGGGCCCAUCUUCGCAUUGACAAGAACCAGGAAGCUUAUUUCCCACGAUUUGUGGCUACCAGAUGGUUGGCGGUCAAUCUGGAGUUUCUGGGGAAUCUUCUGGUUCUGGCUGCCGCCGUCUUGUCGGUGCGAAGUCGGGACGAGCUCAGUCCAGGUGUCGUGGGUUUGGCGCUGUCCCACUCGCUCCAGGUGACGGGGAUCCUGAGCUGGCUUGUUCGAUCCUGGACUGACGUGGAGAACAACAUUGUGUCGGUGGAAAGAGUGAAGGAGUACGCCAAGGCGCCCAAAGAGGCAGCUCGGCUAACGGAGAACACUCCUCUCGCGGCGGAUUGGCCGACGAAAGGAAGCAUCCGGUUCGAGGACUACGGGCUGCAGUAUCGGAAAGGUCUGGACUUGGCCUUGAAGGGGAUCUCCAUCAGCAUCCGAGAAAAAGAGAAGGUAGGGAUCGUUGGGAGGACGGGAGCCGGGAAGUCGUCCUUGGCUUUGGCAAUUUUUCGUAUUCUGGAAGCGGCCACCGGGCGGAUCUACAUCGACGAAGUGGGUAUUGCUCAGGUCGGCCUUCGGGACCUUCGCUCCAGGAUCGCCAUCGUUCCUCAGGAUCCGGUGCUGUUUUCAGGCUCUCUGAGGACGAACCUGGACCCGUUCGACGACUGCUCCGACGAGGAUCUGUGGCGAGCGCUGGAACUCGCUCAUCUCGGCGGCUUUGUGUCCGCGCUGCCCGACAAGCUGCGGCAUCAAUGCUGCGAAGGAGGCGAGAACCUCAGCGUGGGCCAACGGCAGCUGUUGUGCUUGGCGAGAGCUCUGCUGAGGAAAAGCCAAAUCCUCCUCCUGGACGAAGCCACGGCGGCGGUGGACGUGGAGCCGGACCGGCUGAUCCAGUCCACCGUCCGGACUCACUUCGACCACUGCACCGUCCUCACCGUCGCGCACCGACUCAACACCGUCCUGGACUGCGACAGGAUCGCGGUGAUGGAGCGCGGCGCCAUCGUGGAGAUGGACGCGCCCGCUCGCCUCAUGCGGCAGCGAGGCGCCUUCUACCAAAUGUGCCGGCAGGCCGGAUUCGUUUGAGCGCACGCGGACGCGUGGACGUAGCGCUUCGAGGAAUCCCGCUUUUGGGAAGUCUUGACAUUAAAUUGAGUAUGCAGCAAAC